GGAAUGAAUGCACGACAGUCAUGGUAUUUUGUCUUGAAUACUUCUGAUAUCAAACUACUUACAUAAACAUGCAGAUAUUGAUCAAAAUCUGUCAGUAUCAAUGUCUUCUUUCAAGCAUAACCACUCAUUGAGCCCAAUUUUGGCAUUGGAAUUUUACCAUACUUCUACUGGUAAACUGUUGAUUCUUGCAGCUGAAGGUUCUUUUCUCAAGAUAUAUGAUGCCAAAACUUCCAGUCAGAUUGGCCAAUGUAGAGUCUUUGACUCACAGGCAAUUCAUGGUAUCAUUAUUAGAGAAUUGAACAAUGAUUCCAAAGACGAUUUGCAGGUAGUUAUUUGGGGCGGUCAAUGUUUGACCUUGAUCCGCAAAUCUCAAAUUGAAGAGAUCAUAUCUCAACAUGUGACUAGUAUCACGGAAACUGCGACAUCAGCCAGUGACUGGGUUCUCAGUGUUGCAUUUUGUCCUUGGGAAAACGAUGGCUGUGUCAUGGUUACUGCUCACAAUGCAAUGGUUCAAGCAACACUAUCAAAGGAAAACAGGACAACGAUAUUACGCCAACUACAACCUUCUUCGCGAUCUAUGUUGUACUCUGCGAGUCUCGUUUGCGAGAAUCAGGAUACUGUUAUAGUUGCAGCAGGAACUAUCUUCGGCGAGGUCAUUGUUUGGAAAUGUGUUGCUGCCGAAGAUAACUCUAAAUUUCACAAUGAAGCCCUCUUUGUUUUCACUGGUCACGAGGGUUCCAUUUUUGGGGUCGAUAUAUCUCCACCGAUCAUGGGCCAUGAUGGAAAGACCACACGAUUGCUAGCGAGCUGUAGCGAUGAUCGUACAAUACGAAUAUGGAAUCUUGCGGAAGACUCACAAAAUGAUGCAGAUGCUAUGAAGUUAGCUGCCGACUUACUGCCAAGAGAGACAGGUUUCGGAGAGAAAGCAAAACCUCAACAGGACUCUAAUGGCUUCAACCGAUGUAUUGCGGUAACUAUGGGCCAUGCAUCUCGUAUAUGGGGUGUCAAAUUUCACUUUCCUAAUAUUUCAACAUUUGGCACCUCACCAAUCACCAUUCUUUCUUUCGGAGAAGAUUCAACAGCUCAACAAUGGACACUUGAACUUGGGAGUGAGCUUCAAAAUGGGGGCAAAACCUCUGAUAUUUCAGAAUUUGAUGUUUCUAAACCUAGUUUAAACGAUCUUGCUAAGUUAACACACAUCAAAACUUUUGCAUUUCAUACCGGAAAGCAUAUUUGGUCAGCAGCUAUUACUCAAAUAGAAAACAGUCAAAAUUUGCUCGUCACUGGUGGAGCAGAUGGAAAAAUCUCAACAUAUUGUUUUGAAGAAGAGACAAAGCCAAAUCCAAUUCAAAUUGAUGCGUUAGGCAAGGAUGCCGACUCUGCAACGGACAAUCCUAUUGAAGGUUCAUAUUACUCGGUAGCUUUUGAGCUCGAAGAUGUUUUAAAGUCUCUCAAUUCUACGGAAUCCUGUUACAAGGAGGAACAGGAUCAAGAAUCCGUCGUAUCGAAGAAAAACAAGAAGGCGCCCAAAGAUGCCUUCAAUCGGUAUGCAUUUGUAUCUGAAAAUGAUUUCCUGAUCACGACAACAUUCGGAAGAAUUCUCAAGGCUACUGUUGGAAAUUCGGUCAAUUUCAAAGAGCUGUCUCUACCCGAAUCCAGUGCUCAAGAUCUUAGAUCUUAUUCUAUUUUGAAGGGCAACUCAACUCUGGGAUUAUGUUGCUUGGCGGGUACAAACGGGAAAAUAUUCUUGUAUCAACCAGGACUGCCCAUCGUUCAAAUAGGGCAAGUCGAACGAAAACCAUCUGAUGUGUUUAUUGUCCCAGCAAAUGAUAACCAAUCAGUUGAAUUAUUAGUCACACUAUUGGGAACCCAAGAACUGACAAUAUUCUCUUUCAAUCUGGAAUCUUCCGUCUCACAACCUCUUAUUGACAGAAGGACUCUCUCAUUACCCCCGAAAUUCAUAGUCACAGGUGCUGGUACAUGUAACGACCAUCUCGUCAUUGGCUCUAGAGAAGGUAAAAUCGCGGUACACGACACCAACACCAACACUAUGAAUACCUGGAACUCGCUUGGUAAGAAGGAUGCUAUUACUUCCAUUGUUGCUGUUCCCAGGACCGAUUCUAAGCAAACCACAAGCUACUUCGCAAUCACUAGUCGAGACGGGUUAUAUGCCAUAUUUUCAUACAACAAUGAAGCUGCGCCAAAGAUUUCAUGUGUACACUCUGCUGCACCACCAUUUGGACCCAUGAUUGAAGCUUGUUGGUUUCAAGGUUCUGAUUUAAUUCUAUAUGGCUUCAAAAGUAAGAGUCUUAUCGUAUGGAAUGAGACGAGACAAUCUGAGAUUAUGCGUAUCGACUGCGGAGGUGCACAUCGAGCUCACGCAUAUUCUCCCUUUGAGGGGACUCAAGGUGGUGGUAGUGGUCACUUGAUAUACACAAAAGCAUCACAACUCUUUCUUCAUUCCCAAAAAGUUCCUUCUCAUCGCACCAUUAAACCAGGCGGCCACGGGCGAGAAAUCAAGACUUGUGCUAUAGGGGGCUCUCCCCAAAUGAUAGCAACCGGUGCUGAAGAUACCAAUAUCAGAAUCUGGCGCUACGAGAACAAAAAUACACAAAACACGAAUCAAAGCUUUGAUUCACACUCCCUCAAUUGCCUCUCCACAAUCCAAAAACACACGGCAGGUCUCCAGCACCUUCACUGGCACAACUCACACUACCUCUUCAGCAGCGGUGGCGUCGAAGAAUUCUACAUCUGGCGCAUCCAAUCAAUUCCUGGCUUCGGUCUCGGAGUCAUAUGCGAAGCUUCUUGUCCUGAUCCCACUGCCGAACAGGAUCUACGCAUCAUGUCUUUCGACGUGUCUGAUAUUCCCGGGAGCGAGUACGAAGAAAUGAUCAUCACGCUUGCCUAUUCGGACUCAACCAUGCGCACUUAUCUUUACUCAAGGAUCAGUGGAUGGAAGUUACUGGUUAGGGGUCAAUAUACAUCUGCAUGUUUAAUGCAAAUAGCGCAUCUACAGAUUUCCCACUCAGAGCUCACUUUCCUAACCGCGGCUACCGACGGAAGUCUCUGUAUCUGGAGGGCCCCUCUCCCCUUCUCCCCCAAUUCCCAAGCCCAAUCCCAAAAUCCCGCAGAAGCCCCCUCCUCAAUCUCACCCCCACAAACUUCCACCCCCAUCCUCAUCUCACACACCAAAAUCCAUCAAAACGCCAUCAAAACCCUCGCGUUCAAAUACACCCCCGCUUCCGCUACUACCGCUCCAUAUCUCGUAAUCAUCACCGGCGGCGACGAUAACGCAAUCGGCGUGACGCUGUAUCCGAUUUCGGAACCUUCGGGCCUGGGUUUGAAGUCCUCUUCUUUCCAGAACCCGAUGAAAAUACUCGUCCCCAAUGCGCACGCGGCUGCUGUUACGGGAUUGGUGUUUAUGCCUCAUUCUCAUUCUCAUUCUCAGCCUCGUCUCCGUUCUACAGAUAUUAUAGAUAGCGCAGACGACGAGGACGAGAAGAAAAAGAAAAAGAAAAAGGAAACGGAUAUGUAUAUCGUAUCUUCCAGCACUGAUCAGCGGGUUAAGACGUGGCGGGUUGCGAUUGCUUCUUCUUUUACAUCUACAUCAACAGCCGAAAAAGAAAAAGGGGAAACAUGCCCGAUAGAUAUCGAGAUGGUAGGGGAUGAGUUUACGGCGGUGAGUGAUAUUGGGGAUGUGGGUUUGAUUCCUGGGGAUGAUGGGAACGGGGCGAAAGCGAUUAUUGUAGGGAAUGGAAUGGAGAUAUGGGGAUUUGGAGAGACGAAAUCGAGUUUUGAGAUUCGAGAUUCUGUGUGAAGAAUAGCAUAGUAUGACACGAAAAGACAUAGUAAAGGGAAAAGAUUCUUUGAGAAUUCAUUACA